CUCGCUACGCUUCAAGGCGGAGCUGGGCGCUCCAUUUAUUGGGUUGUCCGCGUUAAGAGCCCUUGAGUUGGGCGUUUGCACUCGCUGCCAUGAAGCUCGCUUCCUCGCUGGUGUUGCUACAAUUGGCUGCAAUCGCCGUCUGCGAUGGACUCUUACGGAUCCCUUUGAAAAAAUUCCGUUCAAUUCGGCGGACCUUCACUGACACUGGGAAUAGCAUUGAUGAGCUUCUUGCAAGAGACCAAAACUCCAAAUAUAACCUUGGUUUCCCACAAAGCAGUGAGCCCACUCCGGAAACACUGAAGAACUAUCUGGAUGCGCAGUACUAUGGCGAGAUCAGCAUUGGCACUCCUCCACAGAUGUUCACCGUGGUAUUUGACACUGGUUCCUCCAACCUCUGGGUUCCUUCCAUUCAUUGUUCCGUGUUAGAUAUUGCUUGCAUGUUGCAUCGCAAGUAUGAUUCAGCGAAAUCCAGCACGUACGUGAAGAAUGGAACAAAGUUUUCUAUCCAGUAUGGUUCUGGCAGCCUCUCAGGAUAUCUCAGCCAGGAUGCAACCAGUAUCGGUGAUAUCAUAGUUCAGAAUCAGUUGUUCGGAGAGGCCACCUCGCAGCCUGGCGCCACCUUCAUCGCUGCCAAAUUCGAUGGCAUUCUCGGCAUGGCCUACCCGUGUAUCUCGGUCGCUGGUGCGGUCCCAGUAUUCGACAAUAUCAUGAAGCAGAAAUUGGUAGAACGCAAUGUGUUCUCUUUCUACUUGAACAGGAAUCCAGACACUCAGCCUGGAGGUGAGCUCUUGUUGGGUGGCACAGAUCCAAAGUAUUACACUGGAGAUUUCUUCUUCGUGAACGUAAACCGGAAGGCAUACUGGCAGAUCCAGAUGGAUGAAAUUACUGUUGGUGAUACAUUGACUCUGUGUAAAGGUGGGUGUUCAGCCAUUGUGGACACAGGAACUUCAAUGAUCACUGGUCCUAAAGUCGAAAUUGAAAGUCUGCACAAGGCCAUCGGAGCUGUACUAAUUACCCAGGGAGAGUACAAGGUUGAUUGUAACAAAGUCUCCACACUCCCUCCUGUCAACUUUAUCAUCAAAAGGAAGAGCUUCACUUUGACUGCAGAGCAGUAUGUCCUUAAGGAACAACAGGCUGGAAUGACCAUCUGCCUGAGUGGAUUCAUGGCUCUUGACAUCCCCCCUCCCGCCGGCCCCCUCUGGAUUCUUGGAGACGUCUUUAUCGGGCAGUAUUACACCCAAUUUGAUCGAGACAACAACCGAGUUGGAUUUGCAAAAGCUGCGUAACGAUGGUUCCUGUGUCAACAACUCAAUAGAAUAAUAAAAAUUUGCACUAAUAUUUGGAUCCAUCUUGUGGCGAUGAUCGAGAAUCUCUGUUAGGUUAAUGCUAUUAUGACAUUUGACUGUGACUUUGGAAGGUUUGGGAAAGGAUUCUUCAAACUAAUGGAAGAGUAGAACAUGAGUAACAUUUUGGAAAUGUGAACUACUGUUCAGGACUUUAAUUUGUUCCAUAUAUCUUUUUUGUGUUAAAACCUUCAUGUCCUGAACACUUUGCAUUGGUUGCAAUUCAAUUUGGCUUGUUUCUACUUGAUAAUUCAAAAACAGCUUGAAAUUCCCCUUUUCCACUCCUCAUUUUAUAAAAGAGUAAUGGAUCCAACCAAGUUCAAGUUAUGAAUU